CUUUUCUUUGCCUAGAAGACAUGGUCUACUCCGAGAUCCAGCGCGCGAGAAGAACAGUCAAAUCAGCAGCAUAGCGGGCUGUGCACGGUGCAAGCAGCGCGUAAUUGUUCGCCUCGAUCGAUGAUAUCAAUAAGCUGAUGCCUGGCAGCGAAUCAAAUGCGAUCUAGGAAGGCCCGCCUGUCUUCCAUGCUCUGCUCGAGGAUACGAUUGCCCUGGAUACAACAAACCAGUGAAAUGGUCGACGAAGCAUGAAGCCACGGGGGUUUCUGGCCAGGAUCUCGAUGAAAGCCCCAUGGACUGGUUUACUGAGCCGGCAGAGAAACUCCAUACCGCUCUACAAAGUUAUGACAAUCGGUCGAAGCACCGAUCCCCAAGGCCUGUGAAUGAGCAGCUCGCCAGGGAGCCGGAUCUCAUCCCGGCCUUGACUGAUCCCUCCACUACACUGCGGGAAUACUAUUUCUCUCGCACAUGUCGCAUCCUUUCCGGGUUUGACUCGCCCAAGAACCCUCUGCGAGAAUGGGUCUCACGGCUCUCCAUGCACGAGCCCGUGAUCCAUUUCUGCAUGCUAUCAAUUUCAGCGGCCCACGUCUCGCAGAAAAAGUGUCGAACCGGAGCCCUGGGUCUCAAACACCACGUCAAUGCGCUUUCGAGUCUUGCAAAUGAGGUUGCUCGUCGAGAUUUCUUGCCGUCGUCCCGUUCGCCGGACGACUCUAACUUGCGAGCAAGAGAAACUCAGACCACAGCCAUAUUACUCCUGGGUAUAGUCAUGAUAGGCAUCACUUCAUCGUGGCAUGAUCCAUUCUCACUCGGUCUACAACACCUUCACGCGGCACGAACGCUGUUCCAACAACACGUCUCUAGAAACGGUGCUCUUUCCUUCCAAGGUCCUCCGGAUAUGAGCGAUUCAUCUGCGCGGCACUUCUUCGUGGGCGCUCUAGCCUACUGGGAAGCUCUGGCGUCUUUCAUCGUGGACCAAAACACCGAUGUGGCCGAUUACCUCCUGCCCUUCUACGACCGGGGUGAAACCACCACGUUAAGCAUCCAUCCCUGGAGCGGGGUCUCGACCACGCUGUUCAUCUACCUAUCCAAAGUCGGCUCCAUCGCCAGACAGCUUCGGCAUUUACGGAAACCUCCGCCCCUGCAGACACGAGCCCAGAUGCUGACCGAGACCCGGAACACGCUCCUGCUGCAUGCCGCGUCCCUCGAAGAAUCUGUCUCGCAAUACAGAGUCCCGGCCGUCGAAGCCGUGUCUGACACAGACGACCCCUUCGCGCCCGUCGGCCAUUUUCAGACUCUAGCGAGGGUAUACCAGCUCUCGAGCCUGCUGGAGCUGUACAGGAAUUUCCCCGAACUACUAGCCCAGAAAACGCGUACGAUAGUACUCCAGCAAGAUGCAGUAUUCCACUCUAACUACAGAGACCGGCUUAAUGCGCUGGCCAUCGACAUUCUUUCCCUCGUUGCGUCGAUCCCCGAGACGUCCGGUACCAGGGCCAGUCAGAUGCUCGCCCUCAUCAUAGCCGGUAGUACGCUGCAGUUUCAGGGGGACAUGUCGACCGAGGGAAAUGUCCAGUCGCUGGAUGGGACGAGUACGCCGGCGGUUAUUGGACACUGGCGAUCUUUUGUGGACGCGAGACUCGGCAACAUGCAUCGGUUCGUGGGACUCAAGACAGUGAACCAGGCGGGUGCAAUUGUCAAGGAGACUUGGGAGCGAGCGGACCUGUCGGGAUUGGCGUCAGGGAGGGGGGCCAGGAUGGACGACGAGACGCCAGUCCAGCCAGCGACGAUCGUGCACUGGAUUGACGUUAUGAUUGAAAAGGGACUUGAGACGAUUCUGGGAUGAGAGGGGUUGCGCCCCCUUCGCUCUAUGAGCAUCCAAUGGACUCUCUUUUGCGUACAACGAGCAAGCAUGGAAUUGGCGAUCUCUUCUAUUGACCGAGUAGGGCCCCUAGGUACCCUGCUAGCAUCCUUCGCCUGACGCCCGAAUUCCACCAAGGUUUUUCAACCACAUAUUCUUAAGGGGUGUUGGUUUGUUUUAGGAGAUUUUCAUGGAGUCUGCGAGUCAGGCAAAGGGAUGGAUCGAGCAAGAGAUCAUCCUCAAUGGUCCUGCCGAGGUAUGCGAAGGGCAUUUCCGACGGUUUCCGAGGUAUUGCCACGGAGUGGAGAUCCCGGGCCGCGCUUCUUACUCGGAAAAGACUGAAAACCCAUUCAUUGAACCUCGGGGUUGACUCGCAGGUCCCGUUGAUAGCGAACAAAAAAAAAAAAAAAAAAUGCCAC